UAUAUUUUGAGACGUCCCGAUAAGUUCAAUGCUGUAAUUAUAGGAGUUUACGUUACAGUUAACUUAAUUAAUCAGUUAUGAUUCAUUUCCGGCAGAUAAUUAAAACAGCAAGAUCGUUUAUAAUGAUCAUAAUGUCAAUAAUAAUGGAGCACCAGCAACGAACCUAUCCUAAUGUAAUAUUCUAGUUCGUGUGGUGAAUCCUAACCAAACCUUAGAAGGUUUGACACGAGGUGCGAUAUACAACACGUUGUCUUAACCUCGAUGGAAUUAUUUAAAAAGUUUCUUCAGAAUGGCAGAUAAAAAAGACAAGAAAGUAAAAGUUUAUAAGAAGAAGAAACGUGUACCAGAAGAGAAAAUCAUUAAAGAUCUUCAGGCGCAAUACGACAGCAUCGACGAGGCAAAGAUAAAAACAUUCUUUAAUCUACCAUUGUCCUCGAAAACGCAAAAAGGUCUGAAAGAAAAUGAAUUCGUGGAACCGACCGAUAUCCAGAAACAGAGUAUUGGUUUGGCGCUACGUGGAAAUGAUAUUCUGGGUGCUGCCAAGACAGGAAGUGGAAAAACUUUAGCAUUUCUGAUACCGGUUUUGGAGAUCCUAUAUGCGAAGCAAUGGACAAGAUUAGAUGGCGUAGGAGCUCUCAUAAUUACUCCAACAAGGGAACUCGCAUAUCAAAUAUAUGAGACAUUGCGGAAAAUAGGUCGCUAUCAUGAUAUAUCAGCAGGUCUUAUCAUUGGUGGGAAAGACUUGCAAUUUGAAAAGAAAAGAAUGGACCAGUGCAACAUAGUUAUUUGUACACCAGGUCGUCUGUUGCAGCAUAUGGAUGAAAAUCCAUUAUUCGACUGUGUAAACAUGCAGGUAUUAGUUUUAGAUGAAGCUGAUCGAUGCUUGGACAUGGGAUUUGAGCAGACCAUGAACGCCAUCAUUGAGAAUUUACCACCCAAACGACAAACUCUUUUAUUCUCUGCUACACAGACAAAAUCAGUUAGAGAUCUGGCUCGAUUAAGUCUCAAGGAUCCAAUAUACGUCUCUGUCCAUGAACAUUCAGCUCAUACAACACCAGAAGGUCUUCAACAGAGUUACGUCGUAUGUAAUUUAGAGGAUAAAAUGGCAAUGUUAUGGUCUUUUAUUCGAAAUCACCUCAAACAGAAAGUCAUCAUAUUCUUCUCUAGCUGCAAGCAGGUAAAAUACACAUACGAAGCCUUUUGCAGAAUGCGUCCAGGUGUAAGUUUAUUAGCUCUUUACGGUAGCCUUCAUCAGCUCAAGCGAAUGAGCAUCUAUGAGACAUUUUGCAAAAAGCAACACGCUGUACUUUUUGCAACUGAUAUCGCUGCUCGUGGAUUAGACUUUCCUGCUGUCAACUGGGUAGUGCAGAUGGAUUGUCCUGAGGAUGCUAAUGCAUAUAUUCAUCGAGCAGGAAGAACAGCACGAUUUCAAAGAGGAGGAGAAUCCUUGCUCGUACUUUUACCUAGGGAAUUGGAAAUGAUCGAACGUCUACAGGAACGAAAAAUUCCUAUUAAUUUGAUCAAAAUCAAUCCAAACAAAUUACAUUCUCCUCACCGGAAACUGGAGGCUCUACUGGCUCGCGAUGUUGCACUGAAAGAAACAGCGCAACGUGCAUUCGUGGCUUAUGUCAAAUCAGUCUUCUUAAUGAAAGACAAAAAGAUCUUCGAUGUACACUCACUAAACACAGACGAUUAUGCCAGAUCACUGGGGUUAGCUAUCCCGCCAAGGAUACGUUUCUUACAAAGAAUGCAAAAGGUUACCACUAAGAAUGAGGCUACAAAGGCCGAUAAAUUCGUGAAAAUGAAACAAAAUGAUGACGAUAUUAAAGAGCAGGAGAAUUCCGCUAACUCGGAUGGACAAAGUGAAGAGGAACAAGAAAAUUUCGAUCGCAAUGAAGAUAAGUCUACGUUUCAUUUCGGUAAUAGAAGCUCCUAUUAUGCUGCAUGUUAUAGCUCUAAUGAGAAUUAUAUUAAAAAAUCUACUUUUGUCUUUGUAGAUGACAGUGACGAUGAUAAUGAUAUUUUGACUGUGAAGAGAAAAAAUAUUCAAAUCGAAGAUGCAAUUGAUGACGCUAGUAGUGUACACAGUGAAGAGAUGAAUUUGCAAUCAAAACAGAAAAAAGCUGUUACCAAGGCUGCAAUUGCUAAGAAACUUUUGAAGAAGAAAAUAGUCCCAAAUAAAAAAAUCACCUUUGACGAAGAUGGCCAGGAACGCAUAGAUCCAACAAAAUCGAAAGUAUCCGAAUUAGCAAGACAAUACGAGAAUGAAGAAGAUUCUGGAAUCAAUAUUGAAAAAGCAAAAGAAAUUCUACGCGAGGAAGACCGCUUUGAUAAACAACGUUUCAAAGAUAAGAUAAAAGAGAAGCACAGAGAACAAAAGCGUAAGCUCAAAGAAACCAAGAAGAAGGUGGAAAGCGAGGAAGAGAGUGAAGACGAAGAUGCAGGUGUCAUACUUGGAAACGGAAGUGGAGAUGAAAGCGAAGCUGAAUCAAAUGAGCCAGAUUUAUCGUGGCUUCCGGACCCUGAUAAAAUUUAUGGAAAGCAGGAGAAUUCAAACAGCGACAAAUCAUCUAACGAUUCUGAAGAACUCGAAUCGAUACACAGUGCACCAAAACGCAAACUGGUGACGCAAGAAGAACACAAGAAAUCGACAAAGAAAAAACCAAAAUUGACAUCCGAUCUACAAAACGACGAGGAACUUGCACUGCAGCUGUUGCAGAGUUGAUGGACUACAAAUGUGAAAAAUAAUGAAUAUGCGUGUAGAACGUCUAAGGAAUAAAAAAAAAAGAGAAAGUGAAA